AUGGCAGAUUUAGCACAACUUUGUGUUUAUAUACGUUACGUACAUAACAAGCUCCUGGAAAAUGAAUUCCUUUUUUGCGAAACCCUCAACACCCGAAUCACUGCAACCAAUAUAUUCCAGAAAGUGGAUCAAUUCUUUAACACGCAUGGCAUAAACUGGGAGCACGUUGUUGGCAUGUGCACCGACGGUGCUCCAGCAAUGGUUGGUUGCCGCUCUGGCUUUCAGACAAUGGUGAAGAAGUCUCCUAACGCAAUUGGUACGCAUUGUACACUUCAUCGCCAAGGAUUGAUGGUUAAAACAAUGCCCGACCAUUUGAAGAAUGUUUUGAAUGAUGUGGUCAAAGCGGUAAAUUUUAUCAAAGCCAAUUCUCUAAACUCGCGUCUUUUUACUGACUUGUGCAAGGACAAUGGCUCCGAUUUUGAAACGCUUUUACUGUAUUUGCAUGUGAGGUGGUUAUCCAAGGGGAAAGUACUGAAAAGAGUAUCCGUUCUACGAAAGGAGAUACACGAAUUUCUUCGUGGUGCUAAAAAUAGAACUGCACAGACAAUUUUCCAAUACUCGGUUCCUUAUAUGUCUUUCCUUUUUGGUCGACAUUUUUGA